GCUGAUGGGAAAUUAGGGAGGCUUACCGCAUCGCCGAGUUGAACACGACGAAGCGAGGGACGAGUGCGGCGAUGGCGAGCGGGAAGCGGAGCGAUUACUUCCGUGGGGAUGAGGAGGACGAUCGGGCGCCAAGCUUCGCCCAGAUCCCCACCAGCUUCGGCCACGAGCUUAGGGCUUGCCUCCGCUGUCGUCUCGUCAAGACCUACGACCAGUUCAGGGAAUCUGGAUGUGAGAACUGCCCCUUCUUGGAGAUGGAGAAGGAGCAUGACAAUGUCGUAAAUUGCACCACCCCCAAUUUUACAGGGAUAAUUUCAGUCAUGGAUCCAAGUAGAAGUUGGGCUGCUAGAUGGUUGAGAAUUGGGAGGUAUAUCCCCGGAUGCUAUACACUGGCAGUCUCUGAAGAACUUCCAGAGGAGUAUCAGGCAAUUUGUGCCGAUAACAAUGUUCAGUAUGUGCCUCCUAAGCGUGCAUAAAUUGCUCGACUUAGUUUCUUAUGUCCGAAGCAAAUGCGCAUCAACUGUGUGGUUGUGCCAGACAGACCAGAAUCACUUGGGGUGCAGAAUCGAGUUUAUCUACCUUUACAGGGACGGUUUUUGUGUAUGAUUUAUGUAUUGUUCCAGUUAGGUUCAUCAUAGACGUCGUCUUAUGGGAAGCCUAACCUUAACAAGAAAUUUCUGAUAGAAAAUCUAAUCAGUUUAAGAACC